AUGUCUGAUUCGGAACCAGAGGACAAAGCCGACACAAGCCUCAAAAUAUAUAAGGCUACACGGGAGCUUGGGCGUCUGAGCAUCCUGUAUCAAAUUGUACUGCGCAGAAUAUCCAGGCCAACGGAAAAUGAUGCGAUGGUUGAUGAACUGGUUGGGAGGAAUGAAGUGAUAGAUAAACUGGAAUCGAUUCUGCUGCCUUCAAUCAAAGAUCGGAUCACUUCUUUCCUGCUAGCACUCGACCUACAGAAUUUGGGAAAGCAACUAGACGCAAACCUUGAUUCAAUUCCAGAACUCACCUCAGAGAUCAAUCAGAUCCUGGCCAAAACAACCCAUGCUGUCGAGUCCGUGUCUGCCCCGUUCGAAGGAUCAGAGUACUCCGAUGGCCGGAAUUUAGGACGAUGUAAAGAAUACAGAUGUCGUCUAUUAUGCGCGAAAGUCAAGGAUAUCAUGUCUGAACACCUCGCUCGCCUAUUUGCCAGAAGUGGACACUUUUUGGAAUACUGGGAGCUUUCACGUAAGGAUCCGGGCGACUCGUGGGGUCGACAGGAAAUGGUUAAAAGGGCGGAAACAGCAUCUAGGAUUGCAGAUACCACCUUUCGUUUAAUCGAUCAGACAAUCGAGUGGUCCAAAAAAUCCGACCUAGCUAUCCUACAAGAACAUUGGUCAGAGGCAGAAGAAAAGGUCAACGGUGCACUUGAAGAUCUAACACAACUCGCCGCCGAUCCGUCGAUUGGUUCCGGACAGGCUGCGAUGGAUGAUGAAAUGACUCCUAGAAAUCGUAUUUCUCGACUUGCUAGACUGAGUAUACCAAUCGUCAAGUUAACGAGAAUCUUCUUGAAUAAAAUCACGAAGACGACUCCCAAGAAACCAUUGUUUACCUUAGAUCCAGAGAUCAAUUCGAAGUCCCUCGAGCUUUUAAGUGAAGGUCCAACCAACAUUGCUCGGCAUCUGGAAUACAUUGCGAAGUUCUUGGCGGAACAAAAUCAGAGAAACGCAAGGCCCAAUAUUGCUCGAGACCACAAUUCAUCUGAACUCCUUCAAAUCCCGAAACUCUUUCAAUCAACCUUGCUUCUUCUCUCUUUCUAUCUCAUUCCUUUGCCUACAACUGCAGUUGAUCAUCACUCUGUAUCCCGACAGCAUUUCAAGUCCUGGUUCCAUUAUUUAGUUUCUCCAUAUCUUGAGGCAACAGAUCGCAUGCUGGAUGCCCUUUUUGACUCUCAAGGUUUUGACUUGCAAAACUUAUCUCUGUUGACUAAUCAUGUAUAG